AUGGUGUGCAUAUAUGUGUAUGGGUAUGAGGGUGUGGUAUGAAUGCUGGGUGAUAAUGUGUGUGUGUCGUUCUGGGCAGAUCACUGCCCUCCCCGAAUAAAGCCCAGGUCUUCUCAGCCGUGAGCCCAGAUGUGGUUGACCUCCUGCAGUCCUCUUCCAAACCCAUGGGCUGACCCUGCCAUGUAGCUGAGCUCUCUGACUGCAGCCCUUUGUCUGGAAGGGAGCCUAGGCCUUGCUCAGGUUCUGGAUGUCUCAAAAGAGGAAUUGCCAGGCACCUGUCCUCCAGGAGGGUCUUAGGUGGGGCAUCCCAACCAGGUUUUAUCAGUGUGCACUUGAGGGGUGGCACUGGGGGACUGAAUCUCAGGAGCACCCACCACCCUUCUGUCUCUAAUUCUCCCAAGACGCCUGUUUACCCAGAAGAGACAGCUUUCCCUAGUCUCACCAAGUACUAUCAGUGAUCCUACCCCAAACCCACUCUCCUCCUGUGCCCAGCCCUCAGCUCCGCCGGCAGCUCCUCUGCCUCUUCAUGCUCUUCGUGCCCACUCCUUCCUCCUGGAGGGACUUGGUGAGCCAGGAGGACCCCAGAUGCUUCCAGGACAGUUUCCUUUCUCUACCACUGGGCUGCGAACUUCACAAACCCUCUCUGCCUGCGACACCCACCUAAGAUUCUCCUGGAAGGAUGAGUGGCUGAUUCCUCACUUGGGGUGCCCAAAACCUGGGCAAGGGGCACUUCCAGGGCUCAGGCCCCCUUCCAGGCAAAGGGAUGCAGGCAGAGGGCACAGGUGUAUGACAGGGUCAGCCCAUAGUUUGGAAGAGGACCGCAGGAGGCCAACCACACAUGGCCUCAUGGCUAAGACCUGGGCGUUAUUUGGGAAUGGAAGUGAUCUGCGCAGACUUACUCUCUCCAGGCUACUGCUGUGAAUGGCCAUGGGACCUGGCCAGCAAGGCGGCUGCUGCAGCAGUCCAGGUUUGAUCUGGACGUGUGACCCUGUGCACUGGGGCAUGGCUAGGAGGGAAGCUCUGUGGCAGGCUCCAGGGCACACCACUGUAUUUCUACCUUCUUUCUCUCUUUCUGACCCCCCUCCCCACUGCCAUAGUGAACCUCACCCUUAAGAGGAAGCCUGAAGUUUCCGGAGUAAGGCGGGAGGCCUUGUUCUAAUCCAAACCUCAACCCCUGCCAUAUUAGCCAGGUCUGGGAGGUGCACUCCAUCCCAGGUCCACAGGGCGGCAGCAGAGAGCCAAACAUCAGAGUAGGGACAGCCUGGGGGGACCUGGUUGUACUAAGAGCCCUGCUGAGAAAGCUCUUCCAAGGGUCUUGGAUUCUCUCUUUCUGACCCCCCUCAUCAUGUGCUUGCUGUGUGUCUUAACCCAACUGCCUCCUCUGUUAAACACAUUUAACUCUGGUGUGCAACUCGUGGUCCACGGAACCAUGUGCUGGAUACGGUGGUUGCUGUUUCAAGGCGGUAAGUUUUGGAGUGGUUUGGUUUGCAACAGCUGACAGCUGAUCACAGGGUAAAGAGAGAAAAAAGGGGACAGGAAAGAGGCAACUGCCAGAUCCUGGAGGUACGGACGAGGGGUCAGCUGCUGGAGAGGUAAAAAAGAUAGGUUUUCUGGAGAGAGGUAAUCAGAGCUCCUGGCUGACCGGAUAUCGGCUGUGAGGGAAAGGGAGGGAAGGAGCCCUGCGCAUGCUCACCCCGUUAUUUCUGUCUGGGAAAAAGGACUGCCGCCCUUCUCCCAAGACUCUCCAAUUCUUUUGCCCAGUCUUCAAGAGUCAUAUUCCCUCUCUCUUGAUCUACCUGAUGUUUUCACUUCCCUAUGGACUGCCAUAGCCCGAUGACGGAAAGGUAGUUUUUUGCAUCGUUCCCCUAAAUUCCUCCGGGCCCUGUCUAUGGAAAUUUACUCCUGCUCACACAGGAGAGAUUCUGAGUUUUCUGACCCAACUAAGUGAGAAGGUGGAGUUGCCGCUGACUGAGACGGGAGAACUGUGGAUGGCGCAAGGCUGGGCAGGAGAGUGGAGGUUGUUUCAGAUCCCUGCCUUUGCAGUGCUGUUGGGAAGCUGUGUGUAGUAGACGGCGGUUCGGAUUUCGGAGGGGGCAUCUAGCGCGAGACGUGAAUCCGGGAGCCGUCAACCUUUCCAAGUAUUAAAGUACUGAUACCGGAGAUCACGUGGGGGAUUGCCAGCCCACACAGCAAACACAGCUAAGGAGUGGGUCACGGCAGCUGGGGAUGCAAGGCGGUGCGGAGAUGCAGGCAGUGUAGGAUCCUGGGAGCCAAGGGAAGAAUGGGAAGUGAAGUAGGAACGGGUCCGGAAGCCCUCGCGGUGGAGGCGGCCCUGGCCACGCUUGGCCUUCCGCGUUGACCCUUCUCUGAUGACAGAACCUCACUCAGCACAGGAUUUCCACUCAUAACACCGGAGUUCGGGAAGUUCCGUGACAAAGUCCCUACGAAAGGGUAGACCAAGCCACAGUGCCCCGCCCCGCUCGUCCCUCUGGAAGAGACUGGGCGCGCCCCCUACACACCAUCGAGGCCGAGUCUUCCGUCCUGCCUAGAGCGCCCCGGAAGUGACCUGGGGAAGGCCUCGAGGCGCGGACCGGCGGAGGGCAGCACUUCCGGCGGACGGCAGCGGCUCGGUGCACUCAGUUUCUGAAGGGCUGUGAGUGAGACACUAUUGUGGACCGUGGAGAGGCAUUCUGAGCUCAUGCUGCAAAACCUGCAUUGACCUGAAACCUGGCAGUGUCGAGCGAGCUCAGUUGCUGUCUAUGCAGAGAAGACCCAGGUUCCAGCCGUGGAGCAGUCCCAGGCAGCGUGACACUGGCCACCUGUCCGGCAGAGAGACCUGGUAACAGACUAUGUUGCUAGGGGCCAACGCCUGAGCUCGCUGACACUGAGGGAAGGCUGAGGCAAGAGGUUGCUACAAGUGAAAAGCAGAGCCACUGAGGCACUGGGCUUGAGCCUGGAAUCAGCAGAUCAGCAAGGGCAGAGGGGAGAGGGAAAGACUGAGGCAGGGAAGGAGUAGUGCCGGAUCAGCCCCCGCUCCCCAUGGCCUCCAAGCAGAAUGCUGCAAAAGGCAGAGGGGAAAAGCGGAAGCGGGUGGUACUGACCCUGAAGGAGAAGAUUGACAUCUGCACGCGCCUGGAGCGCGGAGAGAGCAGGAAGGCGCUGAUGCAGGAGUACAAUGUGGGCAUGUCCACCCUGUAUGACAUCAAGGCUCACAAGGCCCAGCUGCUCAGGUUCUUUGCCAACUCAGACUCUAGACAGGCACUGGAGCAGCGGCGCACUCUGCACACGCCAAAGCUCGAGCACCUGGAUCGUGUGCUGUAUGAGUGGUUCCUGGUGAAGCGUGCUGAGGGCGUCCCUGUGUCAGGUCCCAUGCUCAUCGAGAAGGCCAAGGACUUCUACGAGCAGAUGCAGCUAACUGAGCCCUGUGUGUUUUCUGGAGGGUGGCUUUGGCGCUUUAAGGCCAGGCAUGGCAUUAAAAAGCUGGAUGCAUCCAAUGAGAAGCAGGUGGCCGACCACCAAGCAGCUGAGCAGUUCUGUGGCUUUUUUAGGAGCUUGACUGCUGAGCAUGGGUUGUCCCCUGAGCAGGUUUACAGUGCCGAUGAGACUGGCCUUUUCUGGCGAUGCUUGCCAAAUUCCAACCCAGAUGGUGGGACCAUGCCCAGUCUCAAGCAGGGCAAGGACAGACUGACUGUCCUGAUGUGUGCCAAUGCCACGGGCUCCCACAGAAUCAAACCCUUGGCCAUCGGAAGGUGUGGUGGCCCCAGGGCUUUCAGAGGCAUCCAGCACCUGCCUGUUGCCUAUAAGGCCCAGGGCAAUGCCUGGGUAGAUAAGGAAAUUUUCUCAGAUUGGUUCCAUCACAUCUUUGUCCCCUCAGUGCGAGAGCACUUCAGAACGAUAGGUUUGCCCGAAGACAGCAAGGCCAUUCUCUUGCUGGACAACUCCCGGGCCCACCCGCAGGAGUCAGAGUUGGUGUCUGAUAACAUUUUCACCAUCUUCCUACCUGCCAGCGUGACCUCCUUAAUUCAGCCCAUGGAGCAAGGUAUUCGAAGAGACUUCAUGAGGCACUUCAUUAGCCCUCCUGUCACCCUGCAGGGCUUCCAUUCCCGCUACAGCAUGAACGAUACCAUUUUCAACGUGGCUUGUGCCUGGAAUGCCGUGCCCAGCCAGGUCUUCAGGCGGGCCUGGAGGAAGCUGUGGCCUGCAGGUGCCUUCACUGAAGGCUCAUCUGAGGAGGAGGAAGUGGCGGCAGAGCACUGCACCUCUAAGCCUCACCACAAGACUUUUGCCCACAUCCUUGAGCUGGUGAAAGAGGGCCCCUCCUGCCCAGGCAGCAGGCUUCAGAACCUUGGGGCAGAGGAGCAGGGCACAGCUGGGAGGGAGGUGGGUGAGGCACACACUGCCGUGUCACUAGCCCAGGUGGAUGGGCCUGCAGAAGGAAAGCGAGGCACUGAAGAGGAAGAUGAAGCAGCCUGGGAGCAGGCAGCAGCAUCCUUUGAGGCUGUUGUACACUUUGCUGAACAGCAGCCCUGCUUCACCGUGCAGGAGGUGGAGCAGCUGCACCAGCUGCACUUUGCAUUUAGGCGACAGUGGCAGCUGAGGCAGCAGCAAAUUGCUUUGAGAGCGGUGGUCAAAAUUGAGGCCCUCCAGGAGUAUCCUGCUGGGAGCACAGCCCCAACCCGCUCCCCGUUGCCCUGCUCAUCUACAGCAGGUGAUCAGUGAUGAUACCCUGCAGCUUUGGGCUUCCUAGACUGGGCACAUGCUCAGACCCCCAGAGCUCUUGCCAACUGCUGUUACUCAGGAGGGCCUGGCCCCACAUGUUCCAGCUGACCAGGGUCUCUCUGUACCACUGGUCAUGUGAUCUAAAUGGGAGAAGACCUGCAAGGAGACCCCCAACCUGAAGCACCCCUAAAUCUUCUGUAGCUGCAGCUGAGGCCAGGCUGGGCCAUGUGUGUCAAGGGUAGGGUAUGUCUGCCCAAGAGAACACCAUGUAGGCCCUGGAAGGGUUGGUGGGCUGGGAGGGUGGGCAUUCCUGUGUGAGGUAAACCCUGAGCCUGGUAUCUGAGGUCAAGUUGCCAAUGACUGUGACUGUGACUCAGUUCAUCACCCCCAGUGCCAGUGUAGCCCUCUUGUGGCUACACAGGCAACAAACAUGUCAUCCUCUUCCAGGUGCCUACUUCAGCUAUGGUCCUAAAUCAACUGUAGCAUCCCCUGUGGCCAACAGGCCCCGCAGCUCAGGCCCAUGCCACACUGCACUGAUGGGGUGAGGUGGCUUCUUGUACAAAGUUAGAGCUAGUUGUCCGGGUCCUCUCAUUCCUAGGAACAAUGGACGCUAUGUGUUAUUUUCAGGCUUUGGUUCAAAGGCCAGAACAGAGUCCAUAGUCUAUACUUUCCUGAAUUUUAUGGUUACAGCCUUUAUGUGGAGAGACCUUAAUGAGGCAUUCAGAAAGCCCUAGGUUUGCACUGAGCAUGGUGAAACAGGCUGCUGGUUGCCGUAGCAGUGUUGGAGCUUUUAUCCUCAGCUCUUCACAGGUUAGUGAUACCCCCAGGGAAGGCGUGUCCACAUCAGUUGGUUUUACAAAGGCUUUUGUAGAAGGAUGCAGUCAAUGAUUUCCUCAGACCACGUAGCCGAUUUGUAGCUUCCCAUUUUAGGUACCAUGGCUGCCUAUACCUGUGAUUCCACAAGGCCCUUUGUCCAUGGUCAUUAGCGCCUCUGAAUGUACAUGAAAUAGUUGUAUUUUUCUAUGUUCUUUCCCUGCCUCCCCAUGAACUCCAUUCCCUCUCAGAUUCAAGACAUGGCAGCUGAAUCGGCACAUAGUUUUCAUUCCAGUGUUUGCUAGCUAUUUCACCUAGACUUUUGCUCCAGGAUCCCGUGAGAGCCAAGGGGACUUGGGGGAGAAUGGUUUGCUUUUUACAUCUGUCCAAACACUGAGGCCAUAGUCAUAGCCUCCGUAGCACUAGUGGCCAUGUGUGUCUCUUGCUCUAAAGGCAUGUGUGAAGACUAUAAAAAUCAGAUUGCAAA